GGAGGAGUAGGAGGAGGAGAGCGACUUGUUCGGGGGAAAGACGGACCGGAGCCGCGGUGCUGUCAAUCACAAUUUAGGAACCACGGGAGGAAUAAACUGAGAACUAAAACUGCCUGGCGACUUGUUCUGGCACAAGAGGACACUCCCAAAAGGCUCCGCGGAGCUCCAUUCUCUUCCCGACGAAACUCCCAGAAGGGAUCCGGCGAGGGAGCAGCCAUGAGCGGGGGAGAUGUGGUGUGUUCAGGGUGGCUGCGAAAGUCUCCUCCGGAAAAAAAGUUACGACGUUACGCAUGGAAGAAACGGUGGUUCAUGCUUCGCAGUGGCCGUUUGACAGGCGACCCGGACGUGUUGGAGUACUACAAGAAUGACCACGCCAAGAAGCCCAUUCGUGUGAUUGACCUCAACUUGUGUGAGCAGGUGGAUGCCGGGCUGACGUUCAACAAGAAAGACUUGGAGCACAGCUUCAUCUUCGACAUCAAGACCAUCGACCGUGUCUUCUACCUGGUGGCUGACACGGAGGAGGAGAUGAAUAAGUGGGUACGCUGCAUCUGCGACAUCUGUGGCUUCAACCCCACCGAUGAAGAGGCUGCAAAAGCUGCCCACCAGUCAGCCAUCGGGGGCCUGGUGGUGGACACCCCGCCGCACCCGGCGCUCGGUAACAUCCUGGGCCCGGCAGCGGCGGUGCUGUCCAGCGUGCCCCCGCCCUACCAGCCGGUCAGCGUGCGGCAUCUGGACUCGCAGUCCAGCACGGAGGACCUCCCGGACUACUUAUGGCUGGUCAACUGUGAGAGCAAAAAGCCCGAACCCCACAGCUCCGCGCCGCUUCGCUUGUCUUUGGAGGGAGACCGGGAGUAUUUGCUCCUGGAGGAGUGCGAGAGCAGGACUCUUUCUCCACAGCCUAGUCUAGCCCACGCCGAGUGUUCCAAGUCUACCUCCUCCGAGACGGACCUGAACGACAACGUCCCCACUCACCGCACGCCCACGUCCUCCACGUCCUCGGCCAAACAUAGCUCACACAACGGCUACUUCCCGCAGCACCCGGCCUCCGCCUCGUCGCUCUACGACUCUCCGCCCCCCCGCGGCGCCUCCCUAUUAAGCGACAACGGGCUGUACCACCUUCCCCGCAGCUACUCUCAGGACACCGUGCUCCUGCCCAAGUCGGCCUCCUCCCCCACGGCUCACCCGGACGGCGACGGCUCGGAGCUUUACGUCUUCAACACGCCCUCACGCAAACCUUCCAUGGAAAGACAAAUGCGUGAGCUUUCCAUUAGCUACGACAUCCCGCCGACGCCCGGCGCCAACUCCACCUAUCAAGUUCCCCGCACCUUGUCCUCUGCGGGGGUGGGGGGCUCAGAGGGGGAUGUAAUGCCCCCGCCCAGGCCGCCCAAGCCUUCGCUCGGCUCCUCCUCGGGGCUGCUACCGCCGCCCCCUGCUGAGCGUUCCCCGACAGACAAUUACUUGGUGCCUCGCUCGGCCUCGGAGACCGACGGAAACUACUGUGUGCCUACCAGUGCUGGGACUAAAGCUUUACGCAGCAACACCAUCGGAACGGUGGACUGCUCGCGCAUCCGCAAAGAUUUCGCCUCCCAGGACUGUUACGACAUUCCUAGAUCAUUCCCAUCGGACAAGAGUUGCUCCUUUGAUUUCAACGAGAGCUUCAACAGUUACUUUAAAAAUAAAGGAAUGAUGCCAGUGGGCAGCCAGUCCACCGAGGAGGUAGACCAGAACUACGUACCCAUGAGUGCCAAUUCCCCCUCGCACCACCACUCGGGCAGCCUGUCGGAGCCCGUGCACGAAACCAACUACGUGCCCAUGACCCCGGGCACCAUGGAGUUCUCCUCGCUGGGGAAGCAAGUCCCGCCGCCUGCCCACAUGGGCUUCCGUUCCAGUCCCAAGACCCCCCCUCGGAGGCCCCUGUUGAGCGACUGCCAGCCGCCGCCAGUUGACCGGAAUCUCAAACCAGACCGCAAAGGUCAAAGUCCUAAGGUAAUAAGAGAAAAAGGAGUCUGUUUAGAGCGAACCGACUCCCAAACCGUAGGGGAAUUUCCAAGAGGACGACGCAAGGGAAGACCAGCUCCGUUGGAGAUUAAACCACUGCCAGAAUGGGAGGAGCCAUGCACACCAGUCCGCUCCCCCGUCACUCGGUCCUUCGCUCGGGAUCUCUCUAGGUUCCCCAUGCCCGCCAGACCCCCGUCAGUGCAUAGCACGGCCUCCAGCACUGACUCCGAGGACAGUGAUGAGAAUUAUGUAGCCAUGCUCUCUAAUAUGAAGAACCAGUCAGAUGAAGCAAACACAAAGCUGGGCGCUCCGAUGACCGUGGACGGUGGGAGUAGUCCCAUGGUGAAGCCAAAGGGAGACAAACAGGUGGAGUACCUGGAUUUGGAUCUCGACUCCGGCAAGUCUACUCCACCGCGGAAGAUGAAGAGCAACGGAUCCGGCAUGGCGGCAUCGGACGAGCGCGUGGACUACGUGGUUGUGGACCAGCAGCGGACGCAAGCCCUCAAGAGCACCCGCGAGGCGUGGAACGACGGCCGGCAAUCCACAGAGACGGACACGACCUCCAAAGGAACCAAGUGACCCUCACCCAUGACAUCUCCCCCCCCCCCCCCGGCCGAACCUCCACCGUCUUUGUAGUUCGCACUGCUGGCAGUUUUUUUUUUUUAUGGAAUAAGCAGCAGGUGGACUGGACUUGUUUUUUUUGGGGGGGGGGGGUACUUAAGACUUUCAUAGGACCACCACCAAGUCGACAUUUCCUGAAAUAAAUCCUUAAACAAGACCACCAACCCUUUGCUAGUUAACCUUUUCUCAUCACCACUUCUAUCUCCACCACGGCAGAAAGUGAUUGUGGCUUUUUUUUUUGUUUUUCUCCCCCCCCAACGUAGAACAAAAAGAAAGACAGAACUUGCAGGUGUUCACAAGUCUUUCAAGUCUGGAGUUCGAAAAUAAAAACAUUUUAAAAAGUGUUAUGUAAAUAUCCAAGCGGAGUUGGUUCAUACGGAUUCUUUGAGCAGGCGGGACUGGAGGGCGUGCAGAUUCUGCAGGGUAGAAUCCUGCCCCCGGUCUCCAUCCAGCGCCUUACUGUGAGCUUUAGGAAGGCUUUUUCUACAACUUAUGCAAAGCUAUCAAACUUUCAAGACAGAAUGAGAGAGAGUGAGAGUGAUGAAACCAGGUACUUGUUUUUCUUUUUAAUGUCGUUUUUUUUUUUUUUAAAUGCUAACUAAGUGUACAACUCACAAUCUAAUUUAUUUCUCAGUCUGGUCAGUUUGUUUCACGACUUCCAUCAAUUUUUUUUUUGGGGGGGGGGUCUUCGCAUCUUUAGCCUUACUAACCUGUGAAUUCCCACCCGGAACGUUCCCAAAUGACAUGUGCUGUCAUCGCUGUAUAUAUUUGUCUUUUACUUUUAUUUUUUUGCCAUGGAUUUAGAUUCAAAUGUAUCUUUUUUUUUUUGACAAUGUGCCUACUAAAGUCAUCUACUUUACACUUGUUUUGGGUUUUUUUUGCAGUUUCUGCAAAAAUGGACUAUGUUUUAGCUCUCUCUGUUUUUUUUAAUCAUGAGAGAAAAUGUAAAUGUGGACUAAAUAAAAUCCUUAAACCUC